AUGGGAUUCACUACUUUUCCUAGAAAUGAAGCCAAAUGGGGUAAAACAGAGUGGUCUCGUCCCAGUUAUACGAUAGUUGUUCCAAAAGAAAAAGAACAAACUAAUAUUGAAGAACAACAUACAAGUCAUCAGCCUAGAUUUAGUGUCUUUGGUAAAAAGGCAAGAUUUACGAUACAGCAACAGCAAAAAACGUUAAUAAGAAAGAAAGAAGAAUCGUCGAAUAAAAGAAAAAGAAAUGUAAAGUUUGACCCAGUCUUUCUUGAAACGGUGUGUUUAUUUCAUGAAACAGAAUCACCCAUUGAAUUAGAACCCAUACAUCAUAAACGACCUCAGUUCAGAGUUCUUUGUCAACGUUGGCCAAGUAUAGAUUAUGACGAAGCAAACAUUAUACUUCAGCCAUCUUCUUUCAAGAUAGAUUCAAAUAUGAAGCUACUUAAGGGGAAAGUAAUGGUCCGAAAUUUAUCACUUGAAAAAUCAGUUACUAUUCGAUAUAGUUUAGAUUAUGGUAAAACGAUACAAGAAGUGGACGGUAACUUCUUUGGACCUGACCCUAAGCAUCCUUUCAUCUUUGAUAUAUUUGAAUUUAAUAUUGGAUUAAAAUUAAAUGAUCGUGGUGAGAUAAGAAGUCGUAUAGAAUUGUCAGUGAUGUUUACUGCAGGUCAAAUGGAUUAUUGGGAUACAAAUCAGGGUCGAAAUUAUGUCAUCAAAGUGAUCUGUGAUCCUUUAAAUGAUAACAUCAUUAAAGAUUAUGAUUCUGAAUUAAGUGAAGAUGAUGAUGAGAAACACAGUCAAUUUACAACAGCUCUGAAAGGUUAUCAACAUGCUCGUCCUUAUCAUAUGAAGAAAAGACAGCCUUGGUUAGGUACUCGAUAUGAUUUUAAACAAUCUUUAUAUCUUGCCAAACAUGCCCCUUAUGAAACCUGCCUAUGCAUUUUCAUUCUACCACCGCCACCACCAUCAAGUCCAUCAACAGCAAUUUCACAGCCACUAUUACAACAACAAAGACAACCCCCUUUUUUACAUCAAACAUCGAAAAGCAUGUCAUCUAUUGAAACUUAUUUACCCACAACAGUAGAUAUCAAUUCAAGCUUUUAUCUAGAUUUAAUAGAAAAAUACUGUUUUUAUAGUAACAAUGAUGAUGAUAGAAAAAAGGAGAUUUCAUUCUAUUCACCUUAAAAAUACAUAUAUAUAUAAUUAUUAUUAUUAUUAUUAUUAUUAUACCCUAACCCUUAUUAUUAUUGCAUAAAACACUGU